AUGAACCAAUUUUACGAUAUAUCUGAUGAAGACUUUGUGCCAUUCCUCAAAGGUUUAGGAGUAGAAACGUAUAACAAAUCAUUCGAAUGGAUCCUGAAUGAUCCAGAUUUUUCUGGGGUUUUAAGGUGGAUUUAUGAGAACAUCGAUGGAAAUAAUGCUUUGAGUGAUCGAGAGGAAUGUAGGUAUGCUGAAUUAGAAAGGACGGGUGGUCUUUUACCUCCGGGGGAACUCGAAGCAGCAUUAAAUGAGUUGCAAGAUGAAUUCAAGGAUAUUUGUUUACCAGGAGACCAAGAAGCACUUGAAGAUGUCAAAAUGGAUAUUAAAAUGGACAAGGAGAGAUUGAGCAUGCUUAAAAGGCAGGAAAUCAUGUUAGAAGAAAUGAUGGAGAAUAAUAUCACAAUAAAAAAAGAGUUAAAUAUAGAAAUUACAAAUCUAAAAGCUGCAGAACAGCAGUACACAGAAGAAGUGAGCACUCUUGGGAAAGACUGUUUACGAAUGUCAAUGGAAGUAGAAUCUAUUACAAAUAAUAUAAUGGGCAUCAUUGCUGAAACUCUGGAGACAUUUUAUAAUUGUCAGCAGGACAAGGAUACUGCAAAUAAAUUCUUAGCAUUCGGCCCUUUUGAACAGUAUAAUCAGUCGCAAUCCUUGUUUCGGUCUCAUUUCGAUUUAUAUUGUUCAAAAAAGUUAAAAAAUACUGAGGGCAUGAUAAAAGAUGAGGAAAUUUUAAAGACUAUUAUCAAGGCGAAGAAUUUAGAAGAGAGGCUAUCAACUGCUAUUCUGGCGUGCGUGGAUAGCACAGCAACUUUGUGCGGAGAGAGAGCGAAGUUAGAUCUUGUCACAAACUAUAAUCAAGUCAAUUACAAUGACUCAGAUAUAUUUGUGAUGGAAAUAAAGAACAAUAUAGAGAUGUUGGAACAAGAAGAGACUCUGAUAGAACAACAGCUGCUGCAUGAAGGCAAACAGCUUGUGCAGAGACGUACUCAAGUUGUGGAGGAGGUUGCUGCAAAGACUGCAUUGGAAGUUAGACUACAAAUCCAAAAUAACCUCAAAUGGCUUUGGAGCAAAACACAAGAGACGUUAGCCCUGGACAGAUUGCUGUACUAUGGCCUGAGAAGAGAACUGGCUUCGAUAGAAGAGAUCUUGCAGUUCGCUUCUCAUUUGAGGAGUUGUGUUAUGCAAGAAGGAGACGCAGUGUUUAGUCGUAUUCAAUCUAUGAAAAGUAUAUGCUACGAACAGGCGCAAGCUGAAGCGAGGUUCCAAGAUAAUGACAGACUCCUGUCAUUUUUAUAUACCAUAUUUGGGAAGAAAUUGGAAGCUAAGUCCUUAGUAGGCCUAUACAAGGAUGUUAAGAAUCAAAUUAAAAUACUAAGGAACGAUGUUAUUGGUGUUAUCAAUGAGAAAGAAAUGGACUUAAAUAAGUUUGAGAAAUCCCAAGCGAGUCUGCGAGCUGCUAUAUGGGACGGCUGCACCCGUGCCGCGAACUGCUACAGCCCUGAAGUCUCUUCGAUGUCACAUGCGCUGCUGCAUGAAAUAGAAGCCGUGGAUGCUGUAGUGAAAUCGACUACGGCACAAUUUGCUUCCGUCAAGAAUGGUGACAAGCAGAACCUCAGAAAACUGUGGCAGUGGUUCCUAACAGAUCAGAACAAGCUUCUUGCUUUAAUACAAAACGUUUACUAG